AUGUUGCUUGCUUCUCACAAGAAAUGUAAUAUGCGCCAAGGUAAGCCUCAAAUGAGUCCACAUGCUGCCAAAACCUUAUUGGUAGACGAAAAGUUGGUCCUUGUGGGUGCAGCUUUUAAUGAUCAAAAAUAUUAA